AGUCCCAGCCUAAUUUUUUUCAAGAUGGCUGCCUGCAGCAUUUUCGAUGAGGAUGAAGUCUGUAUUCCUACUUCGUCUGGUGGUUUCAAAUACGGCUUGGUUGUAGAAAGCUCUGAAUACAUAAGCAGCGACGAGGAAGACAGUGAUGAUGAAAAUCGUGUGCAAAAGGGUCAAGUUAAAGUCGCAUGGCAUCCAAGUGGAGACGAAACUGUUGUGUCUGAAAAAAAGGUCAUCUUAACAGACAGGUCGCUUAUGCCUGGGGAUGUUGUGCGCCGACUGAUCAGCGGAGAGGAGAGUCAGAGAGGAUUUGUUCAGAGUUGUAACAUUAAAUGCCAUGUGAAAAUUCUUGGAACAGAGCAGUAUAUAUACAACAUUGAGGCCAAAGAUAUUAAGCCAAUACAGGAAUUUGAUCCAGAACCAGAAGUGACGUUAGAUUCUUGGGUUGGUCAUGUCAUGGAAGUUACAGAGGAUAUUACAGUCAGGUUUCCUUGUGGGGCCAGAUGCAAGCUGAGCAAUGCAGGAGUGCUAAACCUGGAAGAUGUGCAAGACAAAAGGUCCCAUCAUUCUGAGUUUGUAAUGAGGAAUUUCUACCCGGGGCAGGAACUGUCAGGUAUGCAUGAGGACUAUGAGGAUGCCACCUGGAUACACACAUCAAAUGUCAGAGGUCCUAAAUGUAAAGUGAAGUCACUCUUUACUGCAACCGUUGUUGUGGAAGAGGUGAAGACUCAAAGUGUUGAAGUAAACUGGGUAUGUAAGGGGUUUACACGUACUGGAGCAGGGACUGACAAACUAAAGAGUCCACCUAAUGUGAUAGAAGGUGAAGAUCUUAAAAGGCUUCGAAGAUUAGAUUGUUUCGAAUACUGCCACAUGCAAAUUGGUGAUAAAGGUUAUUACACUGUCAAAGACACAGACACAUUGCUGCAUAAAAUAUCUCCAAGAAAACAUGUUACCCCUGAUAUAAUACAGCUGAAAGCAAAUGAAAAUGUUCUGGUAAUUGGAACAAGUGCUGAUGGGAUACAUGUGAAACGACGAGGUUCGGAUAAAAAGUGUGGGCACAGAGAACUGAAUGAUAAGAAAAAAGAAAGUGCUAACAAAGAAAAUUGUGACACAAAUAAAGAUGAAACUAAAAAUAUAACUGAAAUAGAAGAGAAAGAACCACUAGAUGACGAUUUUGAAGAUUUGGAGGACAAUGGAAGUGAUUCUGGUUCAGAAUCAGACUCUGUAAAAUCGGGUCCAGAGAGUCCGGCUCCCAAAAGAAAAAACCGUAGGAGAGCAGGUCUCUUAGGGCAUGGUUUUAAGAAAGUUAGAGGCAAAAAAGCAAAGAAGAAAGUUCAUCGUAUUGAACGAGAGGUGAAACCUGGAGAUAGGGUUCCGAUUGAGAUCUGGUAUACCUUCUCUGCAUGUAAUGUCAUGUGGCAGGAUGGCACUGUGGAAGAAAAUGUACCAUCCCCUGAAUUAUUUCCCAUACACCACUUGGAUGAAUUGGAGUUUUUUCCUGGUGAUUUCAUUUUGGAUAGUAAAGGUAAUGCAAGUACAGAUUAUGGUGUGGUUGUAAGCAGUGAUCACAAGGAGCGAACUGUUAUGGUAAAAUGGGUGAAACCGUAUAUCUCUGGAAAAUCUAAUGGAAACAAACCUGAAGAAAAAGAACCAGUAGAGUUGAGUGUAUUUGAUAUUAAAGAUCAUCCAGAUUACAAGUUUCGAUGUGGCCAUACUGUCAUCAGGGUCGGAGGAUAUGAGGGAGAUACAGAUUAUGAAGCUGUAGGUCAGAUAUAUAGAAUAGAUCCUGAAGGAACUAUACAAGUAUGGUGGCCGAAUAGGGUCAUAACAAAGUGCUAUCCUCAAGACUUAUAUAUUAUUGGUGAGGAGUUUCAGAGCGAGUCUGGCAGUGAGUCUGAAUGGACUGAUGAAGGUGAAGAGGAAGAAGAAGAGGAAGAGGAAGGAAGUGAUGUAAGCUGGGAAACAGAGAAUGAAGACACAGCAACUGAUACAGAUACUGAUGCAAAGAAAAACAAGUCCAAGCAGUUGUGGACAGUGAGUGAUAGCAAAAAGAAAGAGCUAGAUGCUCUCCUUGACAGAGCCCAAGCAGCAGUAUCUGGUCUGCUCAAUAUAUUCAUCAAUGUUGCUGGACCGUUCUUCAAAAACUCGCGCCAAGUCUUCCAUGACAUUCUUGCCAUAUUCAAACGUUGUAAAGAGGUGGAGAAGAUCUUGAAGUCUUCAUUCCUGGAUGAUGAUGAAAUUGCAGACUUAAUUUCGGAUAUAAAAUAUGAGUUAAGAAAAGAAAAAACUGCAAAGCUUGCUAGACAUAUUGCUCAGGUGUAUAAAUAUAGAAAUACAACAGUGGAAAAUGAGAACCAACCAGGAAUGGAGUCAGAAAGAACGGAAAAUGAACCUGAAGGUGUUAAAGAGCUUGGUAAAAAAGAGGAAGAAUCUAGUCAAGAAAAUGGAGCAGUAGGUGGGAAAGCUGAUUCUAAUGAAGAAAGUGACACUUGUCAGAGGUUAAAGAAGGUUCUUAUUGAGUAUGGCUCAAAUAUUGACGAUCCAAUUAUGCAGAUUAUUUUCGAUACCUCAUUACAUGCUACUAUUACAGAAAGUGCUCAGAAAAACUUGAAAAGUGCUGCUACAGAACAAACGAAGGAAAAAUCUUCAGAUUCCAGUUGUGAAGUUGGUGCAAAAGGAGAUAGUGCUAAUGAAAAUGUUGAAGCUCUUGUAAAUAAUUUAUCUGCAAGUGAUAUUAUACAAACUGUGAUUGACUCUGUCUGUGAUAACAGUGAUCAGGAGCUGCAUGCUGCAUUCCAGGCUGUGAAACAGAAAGUGCAGCUUGCUUGUGAUGGGAAGGGCAAGGUGGAGGAAUCAUCUCAAGUAAAAGAGCAGACUGGUGACGAGGAAGGUGCCCAGUCUCUAGUUAUGACUGGUUCUCAGACUGAAGCCCAGUCUACAGAUAAGACCGGGUCUCAAGAUGCAGGUGACAAGUCAGAGGACACAGUCUUACCUCCUAGUCAUAGAACUUUGUGUAUACGAGUGUGUAAAGCACUCAAUGUUCGACUACUUCAUGUAAAACAAGAAGUGAACAAAAAAUGGUUGGCAUAUAAGUUUGGAAUUUAUGAAGAUGUCAGUGACCUUGAACUUUUUGAGAAAAUGGAGUCUAAAGUAAUAGAAUCAGUAGAGAGCGGCAGAGGACCAUUACAGUUAGACAAUGUGGCAAGCAGUGAUUCCCAACAGUCUGCUACUACAAGAACUGAAUGUAUACAAGAACUUGAGAGUCUCGAGGAAAGGAGACCAACACUAGAAAAUGAUAUUUCUGAUAGUCAUGUAGAAAAAAAAGAAGGAGAUGCAGAAAAUGAUAUUUCUGAUAGCAAUGUAGAAACAAAAGAAUCAGAUGAAAAUCUUACAAAUGGGGUCAUAGAGGACACAAAUGGAGUCAAGGAGAAGAAGGGAUUUGAGGUUUGUAGUGAAACACCGUUUAGUCACCGCUUCAAAUAUCAAGAACAGAAGCCUUCCAACCAGAAGUCUUUCACUACUGCUGUCAGGAAAGAGUGGAUGUUGCUACGUACAAGCCUUCCAGAUGGAAUAUUUGUUAAAGUGUUUGAAGACAGGAUGGACUUGCUGUCAGUGAUGAUAAAGGGACCAGUAAAUACUCCAUACGAGGAUGGUCUGUUUUUCUUUGAUGUCCAGCUACCAGCCAACUUCCCUAAUUCACCACCUGUGUUCCACUAUCAUUCCUAUUGUAAUGAACGUCUCAACCCAAACCUGUACGAGGAUGGUAAAGUUUGUGUCAGCCUGCUCGGUACUUGGACAGGAAAGGGUAAUGAAUUAUGGACAACUAAAUCAAGUGUGCUGCAAGUGCUGGUUUCAAUUCAAGGGUUGAUACUGGUGCCUGAACCAUAUUUUAAUGAAGCAGGGUAUGAAAAACAGAGGGGUUCACAGCACGGUCAGGAAAAUAGUCGCAUGUAUAAUGAAAUGGCUAUUCUUAAACUUGUACAGUCUAUGACAAAGAUGGCCGUCACUCCACCAGAAAUAUUUUCGGAGGAAACAAAAGCACAUCUACGCAAUCAUGCCAAUAGAAUGAUUGAGAGGGUUGAGAAAUGGGUUGAAUAUUCCAACCAAAGUAGACUGGGCACAUCUUCUGUCAGUAAAGAAAGCCAUCUUAUAUGUAAUGGACACCAGGAAGAUCUUGAACUUUCAGCAUCUCAGGAAUCCAAACCAGCCAAGACAGGGGAGGUCAUUCAUCAGGAAUCAGCUAUGACAGGGGAGGCCACUCAUCAGGAACCACUUAAAAAGGUGGAGAUAUCAGGUGAAAAAGAAGAAGAAAAAAGAGGGACAUCUAUACACAAUGGCCUCGCAGAAAUUCCUCUUUUGCCAGCAUCUAAAGGCUUUUGUCUUGCAGUCAAGAAAAAUCUUGAAUGUUUUAAAGAAGUUCUCUCAGAACAUGUAUUUAAUUUGGCAGCUUAACAUUCUAGCAUUGUCAUUAAAAUAAAGGCAUGAAAGUGGCAGUUUGAUAUAGAGUGCAACCUGUGUAGAGUUCACACCAGCAGGAGAACUGAAAUGUGUUUCUUGUACAGAGGUUGUUGCACUGCAAAGAUUAAUUUAAUAAGAGGUACUAUUAGUGGGAAAGAAAAUGUUUUGCCUACCUAGUGGGAAAAAAAACUGAUUAUCUGGGUUUGAGAUCACUUUUUGUAUUCCCUAGGUAAAAGAUAGGGUACAAAUGAGUAUAUUGAAGCCGUAUUAUGACAUCAUAGUGUUUAAGUGAUUUUUAAUUUACAAUAUCUUUGAAAAUAUUGCAAUAAUAUCAUUGUCAAGAAAAAUGAUUUAACAUGUCUGCCUGAGUAAGUAAGGUGUUUUCCCUUUGGGAUAGCAAAGAUAAAAUUUCAAUUCCUCACUGUUCUUUGGGCUUGGGAAAACCCGGUCUUACGAGUAUAUACACUUGUAUCUGAACAGUGAGUGGGCUGUAUUAGAAAACAGUGACACCUUUUUGUGAAAAAAAAUGACCACUGAUUAUGCAGUUGGUUGAGCAUAUUCAAAGUAAUUAUGAGAUGACCAUGUUAAAUUAAAAAUGCCAUCUUUUGUGAAUUUGUCAAACACAGAAAGUUAGACUUGAUACAUAUACAGUGUCAGCUCUAUUGCAAAAACACAGUAACAACUUCACUUGGAAGAGUGAGGAUAUUUUCUUAAGAGAGGUUCAGCUACUAUGUAAUUGGUCUUGUCAGAAAAGAAAAUAAGGUCAUUGUAUUUGUAGAAAUUUAAUUUAAAUGUGUUUUAAAAAGCACACAAUCAUUUGUAAAUGGCAGAUAUUUUUUGUCAAGGGGAGUUUUUACUGUAUGCAAAGUAGUUUUAAAAGUUUGAAACAUCAUAACAUAUUUUAAAAAAUACUGGUAGUAGUGAUAAAUGCUGUGAAAUUAUUAUUGUUUAUGAGGGACAAAUUUUCAUUGUUGAGUCAGUCCACAAAAUUUAAUCACAAGAAAGAAGAAAACUUCCAGUUCAUUUCUGGUUCAAAAGUUGAAAUCAGCAAAUUCAUAUCCCCACACAAUGGCUAUUUUGAGUAAACUCACAGAAUUUCUUGCCCACAAAAUUAAAUGAUUUUAUAGUAAAUCUAUAUGCAUGUCUGAAUAUUGAAACUUACAGGUGAGUAAAUGCUAAAACUGUUGAAAUUCAGUUCAUAUUGUAUAAUAAUCAUGACAUGAAUUUUACAUGGAAAAUUCACACAAAAAAAGUAUUCUUGUAAUAUCAAAGAAGACUUUAGAAAGGUUUUCUAAGAUAAAUCGUGCAAAAAUUGCUUUGGUUUAUAUCUGUGCUUCCCCAUUUUUGUGUGCUUUUCUUUAUUGAUUGAUGCACAUAAUUAUAGUGAUAUCUAUGUUUAUUUAUCAUUAAAUGCUUGUUAUCUAUUGUGCUAAAUUUGUAAACCCCACUGUGAGAAAGUGAAUUAUGUACUUCUGCUAUGUUUUUCUGAGAAGUUAAAAAUUCAUAGAACAUAAAUUAUGCCGUAAAAUCAGAAAUAUAUGACGCAAUUUUUUGGCUAUCAUUGUGUCUGCCAUUUCCUCAGAAAUAUAAAAGUUCAUUUGAAUAGUUAUCCUAAAACUUUGAAGAAUUGAACAGAAAAUCUUGUAAACAAUGACAAAUUUAUGUAGCACACAUUUUUAUGACAUUUAGGUACAGUUUACUCUUACCUCAAAUACAAGUAUUGUAGUGGAGUUUAGAUUCAAAUUCAUGAAGAAUGAAAUACCUGAUGUGAAGGUAGUUCUGCAUAUUUGAUAAGCUGGAAGUACAUGUAAUGAUGUGAAGUCAUUUAUCCUGGUAACAUAGAAUAGAGCAUGGACUCUGUAUACGGAAAUGAAAAUGAGUUUUAUGAAAUUUUGGCAACCUUUGAGUAAAUUUAUAAAAAUGGCAUCUUUCUAAAGAUAAAAUAUGAUACUCAAACGAUUUCAAAUAAAGUUUUAAGAAUCAUUAUGUGAAGUGCGGAUCUCUUCAAUCAUGGGAUGAUAUCUCAAAAAAGAAGUACAUGGACAUGUACAUUGUAUUUCACCAUAUUACAGACCAUAUGUUUGUUUACAACUUUCAGAAGUUUCAUAAAAAUCUACAUUGUAGAAAAAUUUCUAUUGGUUAAAAAAUUAUGAAAACUUGUGUGAGGUCCAAAAUUUUCAGAGCAAAAAAUCAGACACACAACCCUAUCUUUUUUAUUUGCUGAAUUUUCUUAGUAUAUUCUGAAAAUUAAAAACAAACAGGGUUUAUCAGUGAUUAAAUUCUGCAUUGUAGAAAAAAAUUUGGUCCCCAACCUUGCAGAACUGCCAUAAUCGGGAAUUAUUAGAAAACAUUUUACAAGGCAUUAGAUAUUUUUGGUGUUGAUAUGUUUUCACAUAUUUUAAACCAUUAGAAUGUGUUCAAUAUUGAGAAUUGGCAGAAUUUUGACUCCACAAAAAUACCUAAUUUACGGUACUGUACCAGAGGAAUAAUGUUGAACUGUGCUCCAAGAUGUUUGGAACGUAUGCAUGCUACUUCAAAUAAAUUGGGUGUAGAGAAAAAUUGGAUGAUUAAUGAAUGUCCAGUUUACAGAUUAGAAGUAUUCAAUCCUUUGGCACCAGUUUUAACAUUUUAAAGUUCAGAGCACUGUUCACAGUCGCCAAAAGAAUGAAUGUGCAAAUGUGCUGUGGUUGAUUCUUCAUAUGAACUUUUUUCUCUUUAGUGUUAUAUUUGUAUUUGUCAUUGUGAGAAUAAUUGACAUGUGCUACAUACCCAGUAGAUAUUUAUAGUGCUAUAAUGUGUACUUUCAGUAGAUCUUGGAUGUAAAGGUUUAGUAUCUGUGAUGUUAUAAACUGUAGUGCAGAUUUUGACCUGCAGUGAUAUGUUUGUUUUCUUCAUUAGUAUGUGGAGUCAGGUUUUCCUAGUAAAGGGCAUUUUCAGGUCUAGAGCUUGCUUUUGCAAGACAUUUUGAAUACUUUAACCCUUAGCCUGCUGGCGGCAAGUGAUUCUGCCUUUGCGACCAGUGCAGACCAAGAUCAGCCUGCACAUCUGUGCAGUCUGAUCAUGGUCUGCACUGUUCGCUAUUCAGUCAGUAAUUUUUCAGUGAACACCCCUUUGAAUAAUAAGUGGUAUGGCCCAAAUUGAAUGAUGGACCGGUCCAUUUUAGAUAUUUAGCAGGGUAAGGGUUAAAACUAGAGUUAGUGCUAACUUAAACACAGUUAAACUUGCCUUAGCCUUUGAGAUAAUGCAGCCACUUGCUUUAAGGAUGUACGAGCGAAUUUUUUCUAACGUUAAGAAUUUUUUCAUACCCUGUGAGCUUGAAGAACAUUAGUUUCUAAGACAAACAAGAGCAGAACAAACAUAGGUCACGGAACUUGUUUUAAUUUUAUAGGGUUUUUUCUACACCCACUGUUUACGCAUUUCUGAAAUUUUGUAAAAUUGAAAAAAUGUUGGUACUUUAUAAAACAUAUAAUAUCCUACUUAAUCUUAUAGGGAUUUCAAGUCUUCAGGUUAAUAUGAAUAUAUGGCGAUGUCUGUAUUAUAUAAGCAUAAAUGUCACUAACAAAUCUCUUUAAUUUUUACAUGUUGACAUAAUUACCCACCCACUUUAUUUUCAAUGGAAAAAACGUAUUUAGAUCUACAAAAAAAAUUCUGACUUUAAGAUUUUCAAAAUAUUUUGCAGCAUUAAUGACACACAAAAAAAAUGCUUCAAAAUGGAAAGAAAAAAAGUUGGGGUCACCGUGCAUCUAAGAGAUUUAUUAAGAAAAACCUGUAAAAAAGUGGUGAAUUUUGAUAUUUUUUGUUCUUUUUGUUUUAAUUUAUAUUUUCUAGAUAAUAUAAAGUGCUAUCUUGAAAACUUUUAUUUUAUUUAUAGCUUAACAUUACAUGUAUCAGUCAGAAAAAUAUCAAAACCAAACCUGAUCUACUUUAAUAGAUAUUUGAAAUUACCUGCCCCUACCCCAUUGUAAAUCUUACGUCAAUUUUAGGCAAAUGCCAGCCAAAAAUAAGGGUGAAAAUUUUUUUUUCGCAAAAAGCAUAAUAUAUUUGGUUAAAUGGUACAUUAUUAGCCAUAUUUUAAUUAUUUAGCAUUAAUUUUUGACAAAACUUUCGUUAGAAAGCAAUAUCGAAGAAACAUUUUUCAAAAUGGUGGAUAUCCUGAAAAAAACGCUCAUACAUCCUUAAGCAGGUAAUCAGCUAACUUCCCACAUUGGCAUUUUGUUCUAGUUUCAGCCAGGCUUAAGUGACCACUUUUGGCACUGCCUGGGCUAGCUGCUUACUAUUGUUUGGCCUGUCUAGUAUAAACUCAGAUUCAAAGAAUGUAUAUAUGAUGUCCAAUUCAGGUCUGCUUUGUUUCAUAAAAGAAAAAAAAUCAAGAAGACAGGGAACUUGUUUGUAUUGAAAAUUGCUGUCCAAACAGGUUUAGCUACUUCGUUCUGGUUAGAACUUGGGACAGAUGUUGUAAAAUGCAGUAAAAUGUACUUAUUAGUCCACUGUACAGUAGUUGAAUGUCAUAUCAGAGUAGGCAGUUUAUAUGACAGGUAAACUGUUUACCUUUUUUUACAUUGCAAAAUCUAAAUUUAGAUCAGUUUAUUGCCAAAUUUAUACCAGGUAUUUUUUUACAAAGUUUUAAACAUCAUAUUUAAGUAGGUUUUUUUGUAGUGUUUGUUCAUAUGCAAGAGGCAUUAUAUUUUCGCCUAGUGUCAUCAAGAUAGUUUUAGAUCUGAGCAUAAUAGUAUUUAUGCUGCAAUGCAAACUGAUUUUUAAAGGAGAAAAGUCCGAUUUCUACUGGUGUAGCAAGAAUAUAUUCCAUAAAACAACUUCCAUUAACUAAAUUAAAUGGUACAAAUUGACCAUAGCUCUGUUUCUUGAAAAUAAUCUGGUUACUUCCCUUUGAUUAUGCUGCUUUCUCCUUGAUUCGAGCCUCUUAAAUCUUUUAGAGGUGUGCAAAUUUUUGUAAACCUGUUCAAUUAAAUAAUUUUUGUUUUUUGUUACAAAAAUAUUUGCAUUUAACAAUGGCAAUAAGAAUUACAAUGUUAUCAUCUUUUAUAUGUAUUUUUUUUGCACGAGACUGAAGAAGGUGAAACUCUACAUCAUUUUAAAAUUUUCUCAUCAAUUCGAGCCCUCUGUUUGGAAGGUCAUAAAAUGUUUAUUUUUGCAUAUUCUAUUUCCAUAAAGCAAAUUUCUAUCAAGAUUGACUUCUUGUUCACUCGUUACAACAGUCGAAAUAUGCUCAGGAUGCUUUUAAUUUAAAAUUUUGGCUCACAGUAUUACCCACUAUGUAAUUUCCUUUUGAAAUAAGCAGUUUUAGAUGCAAAAAUUAAAAUAGGUAUUUAAUCAAUUUUUCAGUGGUUUCAUGACUAAUAUUUUCCAAGGCAUUUUAAAAUGUAAAUGACACAAGUUUCUGAUGGAAGAACAUGCUACAUGAGCAUGAAUUUUACUAUAACACAAGGGCUCGAAUCGAUGAGAAAGCUCGAAUCGACGAGAAACAGGCAUAAUAAUGGAUCAGGAAGAUCAUAAUGCUGUUUGAUCCAAGGUUUUUUUGUUUAUUAAUUCUCUUACCUAAUACCAUUGAUGUUAUAUAUUGUUAAGAAGACAGUAGGAACUUUUUAAAUUUUCAAAAUAUUUUGCUCACUUCUGAAUUUUAUUGUCAAAAGGAUGUUUUCCAUUGAAAUCUGAAACCAUUCUUUUUAAUAUCAAUUUUGACUGUGAAUCAGUUGAAUAUUAAACUUAUAGGAUACCAUCUUAAAAAAUAACUUCCACCCUUGGAGACCUUUAGAAUGAUAUCUUGUUUUAUAGUAUAAAUCUGGAUCUUGCAGAAUAAUGCCACAAUACACAAAAAAACAAACUAUUUAAGGUUUUUGUUCAAUAUUGUGGGAACAUUUUGUAAAAAGUGAAAUAUUUAAAAUAAAUCAUAUAGAUACCAGUAUACCUCAGAAAUAUUUAUUUGUAUAUUGUUGGGCUCUUGUUACUGUUUAAAUUGUUGAGAAAGCGUAUUUCGUAACCACUUUCAUCAUAAAUAUUUUGGCUUUUUUAGCUCACCUGUCACAUAGUGACAAGGUGAGCUUUUGUGAUCACGCAGCGUCCGUCGUCCGUCCGUAAACUUUUGCUUGUGACCACUCUAGAGGUCACAUUUUUUGUGGGAUCUUUAUGAAAAUUGGUCAGAAUGUUUAUCUUGAUGAUGUCUAGGUCAAGUUCGAAACUGGGUUACGUGCCAUCAAAAACUAGGUCAGUAGGUCUAAAAAUAGAAAAACCUUGUGACCUCUCUAGAGGCUUUAUAUUUUACAAGAUCUUCAUGAAUAUUGGUCAGAAUGUUCACCUUGAUGAUAUCUAGGUCAAGUUUGAAACUGGGUCAUGUGCCUUCAAAAACUAGGUCAGUAGGUCUAAAAAUAGAAAAACCAUGUGACCUCUCUAGAGGCUUUAUAUUUUACAAGAUCUUCAUGAAAAUUGGUCAGAAUGUUCACUUUGAUGAUAUCUAGGUCAAGUUUGAAACUGGGUCACGUGCCAUCAAAAACUAGGUCAGUAGGUCAAAUAAUAGAAAAACCUUGUGACCUCUUUAAAGGCCAUAUUUUUCAUGGGAUCUGUAUGAAAGUUGGUCUGAAUGUUCAUCUUGAUGAUAUCUAGGUCAAGUUCGAAACUGGGUCACGUGUCGUCAAAAACUAGGUCAGUAGGUCAAAUAAUAGAAAAACCUUGUGACCUCUCUAAAGGCCAUAUUUUUCACGGGAUCUGUAUGAAAGUUGGUCUAAAUGUUCAUCUUUAUGAUAUCUAGGUCAAGUUGGAAACUGGGUCACGUGCGGUCAAAAACUAGGUCAGUAGGUCUAAAAAUAGAAAAACCUUGUGACCACACUAGAGACCAUAUAUUUCAUGAGAUCUUCAUGAAAAUUGGUGAGAAUGUUCAACUUGAUGAUAUCUAGGUCAAGUUCGAAAGUGGGUCACGUGCCAUCAAAAACUAGAUCAGUAGGUCAAAUAAUAGAAAAACCUUGUGACCUCUCUAGAGGCCAUAUUUUUCAUGGGAUCUGUAUGAAAGUUGGUCUGAAUGUUCAUCUUGAUGAUAUCUAGGUCAAGUUCGAAAGUGGGUCACGUGCCGACGAAAACUAGGUCAGUAGGUCAAAUAAUAGAAAAACCUUGUGGCCUCUCUAAAGGCCAUAUUUUUCAUGGGAUCUGUAUGAAAAUUGGUCUGAAUGUUCAUCUUGAUGAUAUCUAGGUCAGGUUCGAAACAGGGUCAUGUGCGGUCAAAAACUAUGUCAGUAGGUCUAAAAAUAGAAAAACCUUGUGACCUCUCUAGAGGCCAUACUUUUGAAUGGAUCUCCAUAAAAAUUGGUCAGAAUGUUCACCUUGAUGAUAUCUAGGUCAGGUUUGAAACUGGGUCAUGUGCCUUUAAAAACUAGGUCAGUAGGUCAAAUAAUAAAAAAACGUUGCGACAUCUCUAGAGGCCAUACUUUUCAUGGGAUCUGUAUGAAAGUUGGUCUGAAUGUUCAUCUUGAUGAUAUCUAGGUCAAGUUUGACACUGGGUCAACUGCGGUCAAAAACUAGGUCAGUAGGUCUAAAAUUAUAGAAAAACCUUGUGACCUCUCUAAAGGCCAUAUUUUUCAAUGGAUCUUCAUGAAAAUUGAUCUGAAUGUUCACCUUGAUGAUAUCUAGGUCAUUUUCGAAACUGGGUCACGUGCGUUCAAAAACUAGGCCGGUAGGUAUAAAAAUAGAAAAACCUUGUGACCUCUCUAGAGGCCAUAUUUUUCAUGAGAUCUUCAUGAAAAUUAGUGAGAAUGUUCACCUUUAUAAUAUCUAGAUAAAGUUCAAAGCAGGAUCACAUAUCUUCGAAAACUAGGUCAAUAGGUCAAAUGAUAGAAAAACCUUGUGACCUCUCUAGAGACCAUAUUUUUUCAAUGGAUCUUCAUGAAAAUUAAUCAGAAUUUUCAUCUUGAUAAUAUCUAGGUCAAGUUCAAAACUGGGUCACAUGAGCUCAAAAACUAGGUCACUAUGUCAAAUAAUAGAAAAAACGACGUUAUACUCAAAACUGGGUCAUGUGGGAAGAGGUGAGCGAUUCAGGACCAUCAUGGUCCUCUUGUCUUGUGUAAAUCACAAUAAAGGAGUUCACUGAACUAUUUGUUUAAAAUUUCAAGCAGGUUGCAAAAUGUUUUUUGUUUCUUUGAUAAAGUUUUGACCUCAUGAAACUAGUCGGGUGUUGCCAAGUCAUUAAAACUCAGAAUAUUUCUCAGAAUAUUUAUUUCAUGUUUGAUCUUAACAUUGAGAAAUCUAUUUUCUAACUUUAUUGGCCUAACAAUGUAUUUAAGGGUAAAUUAUACGUUUUACAAACACACAUACAAUCUCUUUAAUGUGCCAUUUCCAGGCUUAGUGCAUUUUUUGUUUGUUCUACAGUAACUAGGACCCAAGAUUAUAAAACUAGUUUUUUUGGGACUAGACACAAAGUAGUAGGAUCUGAUUGGCUGAGCAUAACUUUGUAACACUGUGUCAUAACCUUGGAACUAGAUCUUUUAGACUUAAAUUAUUAUAUAGACAGUUUUUGCCACUUGUUCUAUAGAUCCACACCCGAAAUAUUUUGACUUUACAGAGGUAAAGCUUUGAAACUUUCUAGUUGUUAGCUAAGCACCCUUAGAAUGCAUUUCGUUAAUUUAUUUUGUUCAAUAAUUACUUUGUUUCAACUGUUGCAAAAUAAAAACAGAAAGAUCUCA